GGCGGGGCCGGCGGCGCUGUCCGGUGCUGAAGCUUCGGCGGCGCCAGGCGCGCAGGGAGGAGCCGCCGCCAUGGACUGAGCGCCGCCUGCCCGCCAGCCAGCGGACAUGGGGCCGCCGCUCGCGCUCCUGCUGUUGCUGCUUCUACUGCCGCGCGGCCCGCCCGCCGCCCCCGCGACCCGCGCCCGGCCACUCCCGGGGCUUCUGGGCUGCUUAUUCGAGGAUGGCCUUUGCAGACCGUCUGAGACCUGUGUAGAUGAUGCAGUGUUUGGAAGGUGCCAGAAGGUUCCAGUGAUAGACAUAUACCGCUAUGAAGUGUCCCCGGUGGUUCUACAGCACCUGACAGCCACCUUACAGAAGCUCUCCCACACAGGUUUCACAUGGCAGGAUGACUAUACCCAGCAUGUGAUGGCCCAGGAACUCUCAAACCUUCCCAAAACCUACCCACAACAUCCUGAAAGUUCCAACCCAGCCAGGACCUCAAUGCAGAGUGUUGAUAAUGAAAAGAGAUACAGUCAGGAGGGUGACAUUGCACUAGCCAAGGCCCUUCAGCGCUACCUGCCGUACCUGGAGGCCCUGUCCCAGGCCACCACCUCGAACCUGCUCCCCAGGAUGAAGCAUGGCAGACCACCAUCUGAGGGUGAAGAUGCCCUGGCCGAAAGCGUGCUGACUUACGUGGCCCAAACGUCUGCUCUGACCUACGCCCCCAUGCCCCGAGAGGAUUACCCUGCAGGCCACCCCCUGCGAACCCUCAGCCGGCUCCAGCCUGAUGAGCUCAGCCCAAAGGUGGUGGGUAGUGUGGACAGACAGAAUCUUGUUGCUGCGCUGGGUGCCUACGCGGCUCAGAAGCACCCCCCACCCCCCAGGGAGGGUGACCCAGGGUUGCACAACCUUCUGCACGCACCGUGGAGAGAGCCGAGGGUCCUUUCAGCACCAGCUACCCCCCAGAAAUGGCCUUUGUCUCCAGGAGACCCCAAACACCCCCUGGGCAGGGGCGAUGAAGCACUAAUUCAGAGCCUCCUGAAGGACCUGAGGAGGCAUCAGGUUGACAUGGCGAGUCUGAGCCCCCUGGACCCCGAGGAGAUGGCCCGUGUGAUUGCUAAUGCCAUGCAAGGUGUGGGUACAGAAGGGGAGCGGGAAGAGGCCGGGAUGGGAGUCGGAGGAGAACCGGGAGAGCAGGUGGACAGCCCCGAGGCAGGGCUCCACGAAGCCCGCAAGGUCGGAGAUGUGCGAGAUAACAGAGUACAAGACGAUGAUGAUAGAGUUUAUGAAGAGGUCAAUCGUUUGAGCCUCACACUUGGGGACCUCCUGCAGGAUCCUGGGUCUCAGUUCUUGCCUGGAGCUCCCCCUCUUGUGGAGUCCUUCAAAACAGAGAUCAAGAAAUCAGAGGACCCUGGGGCCUCCCUGUCUUCAGAGGAGGAGAGUGCUGGGGUGGAGAACGUAAGGAGUCAGACCUACGUGAAAGAGCUCUUGGAGAGGCCCCAGGUCGACGGGUUUGGGGAGUUCCAACGCCAGAUUCCAGGGGCCUGGAAGGAGGACCGGCGCCUCGAAGCAGGAGCUCAGGAACGCUCAGGCGAAGGCCUGGAACUGGAAGUCCAACCUUCUGAGGAGUCCGGCUACAUUGUGACGGAGACCGACCCCCUGAGCCUGGAGAAGGGGAAGGAGUUGCUGGCGGGCGUUGCACGUCUCCUCGAGGUGCCGAUGAGCGUCUUCGUGGACAUCGACCUGUUUUUCCCUGGGCCUUCAGCCUGCACGUCCAGCCCUGUGUCCAACUUGAACAUCUGGACCAAGAUGCUGUCCGGAACGGAGAAACCUCCAACACCCAGAGUCCUUCAGGACACCCAUGAAAUGAUCUCUCUCCACCCACUGUUUGCAGACACCUCCAUGCUCAGCAGCAACACCGUUUAUUGCAAUAUAGAGACAGACUCAAUGUUAGCUCCAAGGAUCACAAAGCAAAGAAGGAAAGAAGAAAAUGAGUUGCACCUUGACCCCACUGUAGAGCUUGUUGUGGGACCAGCAGUGACCUUCAAAGUGAGUGCCAACGUCCUGAACGUGACCACUGCGGAGGCUGUGGAGGCGGCAGGCUCAGUCGUCAAAGUUGCUGCUGCGCGUGUGUCAGAGGAGUGUUCUGGCUUCCACGUUCAGAGUGUCAUAUUCCUACACGACACCUGUGGGUUUUCCACACGACAGCAUUGCCGGGUCAUCAGGAGCAUUUAUUCAUUUAUCUUAGUUGAAAACAAGGACAACUUGGAAAAAACAUCUGGACUGAAAAUCCUUCAAACCGGAGUCGGGUCGAAGAGCAAACUCAAGCUCCGGCCUCAUCAGGCAGAGCAGGAGGACUCCACCAAGUUCAUCGUGCUCACCCUCAUCUCCGUCGCUGCCAUCCUGGGGGUCCUCCUGGCCUCCGGUGUCAUCUACUGUCUGCGCCAUAGCUCUCACUACCGGCUGAAGGAGAAACUCUCAGGACCAGGUGGCCACGCGGGCCUGGAUGCCACCGCCUACCAGGAGCUGUGCCGGCAGCGCAUGGCCGUGCGCACGUCCGACCGCCCCGAGGCCCCGCACACGUCCCGCAUCAGCAGCGUCUCCUCCCAGUUCAGCGAUGGGCCGAUGCCCAGCCCGUCUGCACGGAGCAGCACCUCGUCCUGGUCCGAGGAGCCGGCGCAGCCCAACAUGGACAUCUCCACCGGCCACAUGGUCCUGGCCUACAUGGAGGACCACUUGAAGAACAAAAACCGGCUGGAGAAGGAGUGGGAGGCGCUGUGUGCCUACCAGGCGGAGCCCAGCAGCUCGCUCGUGGCCCAGAGGGAGGAGAACGUGCCAAAGAACCGCUGCCCGGCGGUGCUGACCUACGAUCACUCCAGGAUCCUGCUGAAAUCAGAGAACAGCCACAGCAACUCCGACUACAUCAACGCCAGCCCCAUCAUGGAUCACGACCCUAGGAAUCCUGCAUAUAUCGCCACCCAGGGACCACUGCCUGCUACCGUGGCUGACUUCUGGCAGAUGGUGUGGGAGAGCGGCUGUGUGGUGAUCGUCAUGCUGACCCCCCUCUCGGAGAACGGCGUCAGGCAGUGCUACCACUACUGGCCGGACGAAGGCUCCAACCUUUAUCACAUCUACGAGGUGAAUCUGGUCUCUGAGCACAUCUGGUGUGAGGAUUUCCUCGUGAGGAGCUUUUAUCUGAAGAACCUUCAAACCAACGAGACACGUACCGUGACCCAAUUCCACUUCCUGAGCUGGUAUGACCAGGGAGUGCCUUCCUCCACGAGGUCCCUUCUGGAUUUCCGCAGAAAAGUAAACAAGUGCUACAGGGGCCGUUCUUGUCCAAUAAUUGUUCACUGCAGCGACGGCGCAGGCAGGAGCGGCACCUACGUCCUGAUCGACAUGGUUCUCAAUAAGAUGGCCAAAGGCGCUAAAGAGAUUGAUAUCGCGGCAACGCUGGAGCACCUGAGGGACCAGAGACCAGGCAUGGUCCAGACUAAGGAGCAGUUUGAGUUCGCGCUGACGGCGGUGGCCGAGGAGGUGAACGCCAUUCUCAAGGCCCUUCCCCAGUGAGCCGCUCGCUCCCGCAGCCGCGGACGAGCCCCUGACCCCCGGAAUAUUGUUGGGAAUCAUGAUAUCACUUAAUUGUGUGUCUUCUAGUGUAACUACCUAGUGAUAGGGUCCUUGAAAUCCUGUAGUCAGUGCCGGUUAGCAGUCAAAAUGUGUAUUUUUGUUCAACCAAUUAAUAAUAAAGAGAGGUUUAUGGAAACAUCCAAUUACAGGGGGCAACCAGUUCAUCUAUUUUCACUUUCUUGAAAAAAAUUAAUUUUCCUUAAAGCCCAUUCACACUCCUAACUGCAAACAUGUCGUAUUAAUGAUGCGGUAAUUCGCCCACUCGUCAUGGUCUCCAGGAAGAGAGCUGGUUCGUUAUCUGUAACUUUCUGAAGGAUGGAUCAGCCGGGCAGGGAGGGCAUCCAGGGAAACGCACGAGGCACUAAACGCAGGCCGCCAGGUGCAGAGAACACAUUUGGCAUUUGUCUUUCAGACGGUUUAUCACCAGGAGAAACCACUGGCUUACCAAAGAGUUAGGUCAGAAGCCUUGUAACAUUCUGCAGCUUUGGGGCAAAUGAGAAGAAAGCGGUCACAGCAUAUCAGUUCUGUUCUUAUCUGGGCUGCUCGACACCCUCCCCCAAGUGCUGUCGAGAGACCACCUCAACCUUCCACCCCGCAAGGAUGGGCAGGGGCCUCCCCAGGGGCAAACGCUCUCCCACUUGGAGAGCGCCUGCUUCCGUGGCCAGCCACCCCAGGCGACCCUUCACCUGGGCAAGGUUGUGGGUGAGCCCCGACCUCAAGACAGGUUUUCCACUUUAAAAUGAUUUACGUACUGCAAAAACAGGUACAGCUAAUGAUGGCUUCCUGCUGGAUGACCACAGUGAGGGGAACAAAUCCGGGCACAUCGGCAGGCUCCAUCAGGCACCUGUGUCCCCUCAGGGACUGUCGUGGGCCUGCUGGCAUCCAGAGAGACCACGGCUACUUCCCUCUGUUCCUAGAAGGGGGGACAUGCAGGGAGAGCCACGGUUUGUGCUUUAUCGGCGUGAGGUCGCAGCACCUGGGAGAACGAUAGGAGAUGCAGGCAUGGCCUGGGCCUCCGCCCGCUGCAGACUCCUGGUCACUCAGGUCAGCCAGGUGUCCAGCCGCACAUAGACAUAGCGUCUAGAGAUGACCUGGAUUUGCCAAAAUAACACUUGAGCAUCAGGCUUGCCGCCGCCCCCCAGAGACAGAAGAAUCAUCUCAUUAAGCUUAGAGCGAUUGUGUCUAGACGGGUGCAGACGGCUCGUGUGCUGCAGCCCUCCUUUCAGGGUUAGCCAUAAAGACAUCGCCAGUACCUUCUCGGUCCUGCUGUGUCGCACACCAUCCUCUCCAUCCUAAAUCCAUGCAACGUCUCGAAACCAGUAGAAUAGGGAGAGUGGCCUGCUGAAUGGGCAGAAAGUGCCAAAAUGUUGUUCAUGUCUUUCAAUGGUAUUGUCAUGUGUAUCUGCUCUAAUCUAUCUAUGAUUUCCUUCCUGAAGUUGUUUCUCUGGAAUCUGAAUAAUUAAUAGAGAAUAAUUUAUCUGCAUAUAGAGAGCACAUACCUACUUGUGAUUUCUAACUUCUUAUGUUUCAAAAGGAAUCUUCCAGUGUGAGAUAUAUAAAUAGAUUUCAUUGUGUCAGAUUAAACUUUUGAUUUCAUG